AUGGCAAAUGUUCCACCUCCACUCACCCUAGAACUUCCCAAGAAAAGUGAUCUUCCUAACACAUGCAAAGCUUGGAAUGAAGUCCAUCUUCCAAUUGACAUUCUUUUGUUGACAGUGGAGGACAGUGAGUUCUUAGCCUGUUUUACAUACUUAAGAAAUGCCAUUAAAAGCUACCACAAGAACCUUGGAUAUGUGUACUUUGGGAACAUGGGUGAAAAUGGAGAUGUACCCCUAAAAGUUGCUUUGAUGACAUAUUCCGAAGGCUCUUCUGCUCCAGAUGGCUCGCUGGUCACUGUUAAGAAUGCCGUGUUGGAACUGAGACCCAAAGCUGUUUUCUAUGUUGGCUGCUGCGGUGGGUUGAACCCAGAAGUCGCCAAGUUACAGCUAGGUGAUGUGGUGGUAUCCUCUAAGCUUACAACUGAAUCAUUCAAAACCCCAGUGGGUAGAGAUAUUUUACGCCUCAUCAGGUCUGCAGAUCAUGGUUGGAUUCCUCCAUUAAGAAAUCCAGAAGAUCAUAAAGUUCAGGUCUGCUGUAAUGGGGAGAUUUUAAGUGGCAUAGACCCAGUCAGUACUAAACAGCAAAACGUGUCACAUUUUACUGAAGCUACUGCAUUAGCAUUUGGUGGUGAAGGUAAGAUAUUUAUUCCCUGUUAAAUGACAUCAUUCCUCUCUUGUUACAUUUUCUUACGAGAGGAGUGGUGGUCCAUGGUGUACAUCUCAAACUUUAGAUCUAGCGGGUCCAGGUUAAGGCUUUGCUGCACUUUGUGCUGUUUCCUUGGACAAGAAACUUUGAUUCACUUUGUCCCUCUCCCACCCAGGUGCAGUGUAAAUGGGUGCUGGUUAUGAUCCUUUGUGAUCCUGUUUUCAAUCUGAUCUUUUAAGAUCUAUUCUAUGUUUGGACAAUGAUGUUUAUGUUUGUGUAGCUUGCUUUAUUAUAUAGAGUACCACUCAUGAAAUUCAUAAAAACUACAUCCAGGACCCGAGUGGUUUAUUUUCCAUAAUCUCACACAUGAGUUUAUCAAUGACGUAAUUUCGGUAAUUUCCCUCCAAAAUUUGUAGGCGUCUUGCAUCCUUUGAAUUUUAAUUACACAUUUUUCAAAGCUUUGCUUAUAUUUAAAUUUUGUCAUUGUAGAGCCCUAUUCAGCUCAGUGUCAUUUCUCAAGAUUAUUGCAAACAAUGUCUUAAAUCGCUGUACUGUAAAUUUGAGCCGUCACAAUUACUUUUUGGCAAAUAAAAAUCUAUUAUUUUAUCGAUGUCUUGUUGUCUAUAUAAUAAAAAGAACAUUACACGGCGGCUUGAAGAUAUGAAUUUCAUUUUCUUCACGCCACCGUGUAUACUAAACUAUGCAUAAAAAAUUGAUUGGAGGACAGUAGUUUAAGUAGUGUUUUCCUUUGGAUAAAAUACAAAAGGAUAGUUAACAUCCUAAUGCAUAAGCUGUUUUUUUGUUUGUUUGUCCUGUUUUUUUUAUUUUUUAAAUGUCUGCCUUUUAAAAUCACUAUUUGUAUUUUCUGCCUACCUGUUUGCAUGGUAAAUAAUAUUUUUUAUGUUGUCACAUCUUGAUCAACCCUGGCUGUGAUGCUCACUGGUGGAUCUGCUUGCAUCUUGAAUUUUUAGUGAUUUGUUGUUGUUUUUUCCAGGCCUUUUUGCUGCAGCACAUGAUCUUAAGAUUGAAUGGGUGAUUGUAAAAGGUAUUUCUCACUUUGCCGAUGGUAACAACCCUGCAGAAAAUUCUUGGGAGAGUCAUGCAUGCAUAAUGGCAGCUUCUCUUGUGUCCAACAUGUUGAAGGAUUCAUUUGUGUUUGAACAAUGGCCUCUUUAUGAAGGUAGGUGACAAUAUGCUCUUUAAUCAAACCAUAUGAUGAUUAAGACCCUGUUUACAUGGAGUGGGGGACCCCGGUCUAGUGGGGUAGGUUUCUUUUGUUUUCACGCUCUGGAGAACACAAAACAAAAGAAACCUACCCCACUAGACCGGGGUCCCCCACCUCCAUGUAAACAGGGUCUAAAUCUUCACAUUUUUUAAGAGGUGUUUUUGGUUAAUUACUAAGGUUGAUUUAAAAUACUCAGCCACAUUUUUCAAACCUUGUUAAUUAAUUUCUUUUUAUAAUAAACUUGAAAAAGAAUGGAGUUCAACGUUUUCUUUGUCAACUCACAACUGUUGGAAACUAUAACAUUGGGAAAAGAAAAAUUAUGAGAAAAAGGUGAAGAAAUUGGUUGGGAGGACAGCAGGGAGAUGUUUCCUGAUAAAAUUGACUGGCUGCUCAUCAUACUAUUUUAGGCAGUAAGAUUUGUGUGUGGGGGGGGAGGACAGGGGGGUGACAACCUCCCGCUUCCCGUGCCCCGUUCUCCCGCCUCCCGUACCUUUUUGUUGCUUUGUCUCCCGACUCCCGCCCUUUAUUGUAUUUUUCCCGUCAUCAUGUAAAUUAAAAAGAUCACAAGCCCGCGUUUAGUGUUAAAGCUGUAGGGUAAUUUGCCAAAUAUGAAAAUUGUUACAUUAGUCAGUUUUCUUAGUUAAACUGAGUGUUCACUAACCUGGUUAUCUAGGUUUGACCACCGCUUCUGACAUCCCACUACAGCGACAAUAGUCUCAGUCCACUGUGCAGUGUAAUAGCUAUUGCAGCUAUCAAAGAUGCAUUAACAUGCAUUUAAGAAUCCCGAAAUUACGGGGAUCAUGCCAAAAUGAAGUCGAAGGGCCAAACGUUACGGUAGAGUUCAGUACUCCUGUCUAGUUCCCAGCGUCUAAUUGUACUAAUUGCAUAUCCAUUGCGGUUAGUUUUCAUUAUUUUUCGUAAGUAGUCGUAAGCUAUAAAAACUGACUUCAACGAGACUGAAUAAUUGCAUGUUCGUUAACCGUUUGCAUUUUAAAGCGUUCAGUUUAGUGCUGGUGGAGUAUUAUUGUUUGCUGGUUAUCAAAUCUCAAACCUAUUCAUAUUUGCUCGAGAAGUUGUAUCUUUCAUCAAACAUCGGCGGGGAGGUUUAACGGUUAUACAUACAUUUUUACAUCGGAAUGAUGCAUCUAUGUCCGAUUUUAACAAGAAGCAUUUGAAGAAACGAAUGCUCUGCUCUUAUUGGCUUAUUACAAGUUAAAUAACAGGGCAGGGAACAGGUUGCAAUAUGUGUAAAAAGUGCCCGUAUUUUGCUACAGUAAACAAACUAGAAAAAGUCUUCCAUGUGCUGAGGAGGUCGCACUGAUCUCCUCCUACUCCAAAUGUUAGUUAGAGCAGUAAAGUCUGCCUCCUCUUCCUCCGAGUCGAGGGAACUUUCUAGAUUUUCUUCAUUUUCAUUGGCUUCCAGAUCACAUUCGCCUCGACAGUCAGACAGAAUCUUACAGAAUGUUUCUUCAGUUACUUCCAAAUGGCUAUCAAAUAAUGGCAUUGCAUCUUUGCUUAUUUCGCAAAUAAUGUUACUCUUCUUGCAUAGUGCUUCUUCGCCAGACAUUUGAAAGAUAAAAGAACUUUCAUCGAUGAUAACAUAAUUAGUACCAACGAUAUCAUUUGCGUCUAUCUUGCUUGAAAUAAAAACUGAAAAAAAGUUGGAUUUGCUUCUGAUUGCAUAAAUUCCAGUAUGUGGUGCCUGAUGAGUGUUGAGAUCGCUUUGAUUUACAUUUCCAGGCUCGGUCACGGGCUCUUCGUCGCAUCUACUGCUAUUCCCUGGAGGAUUCGUUGGUGUAUCUGCUUCCUUUGCAGAACUGACAGCCUUAAAUAGCUUUUGCAUUGAUGUUAGAGCUUGUUCUUCAGCAUUUUUGUAUGACUCUUCCGACAUGUACAUGUAAAAGGGGAGAGUACCGGCUUUGUCUUUCGUGAAAGAAUUUAGGACCGACUGUUGCCUAACCCCUCGUCCAAACUCGUUUCUCCAAUCGUUAAGACGUCUGAUGUCCUCCUUAUUCAGGAACGUAGUUGGUUCUUGUGGCACUGGGAGCAAAUCUUCAUACUUUAUUGAAAAGUGUGAUGGUAACUCCUAGUGCUGUUUCUCCCGAGUAAAGCAAAUAUAUCCAGGCCAGCCAAUUCUCUUUAAGGUCUCAUCCGCAGCCUCCUCGAAGUUUAUCGCACGAUCUAGCACGGUGGGUGUGUCUAUUACUUGUCGCAAUUCGCUGUUAAAAUACUCAUUGACAAGUGUGAGGAAUGUUCUUACAUCGGCAGCUUCGAGUAGAUGUGCACAUUCUUCACUAAAUCGGGUCCGAAGGCGAUCAAGGAAGUUCUUGAUGAAAGUAUUAAACCGACUUGGAAAGGUUUCCAAUUUCACCGGAAGUAAUGCUCUUUUUUCUAUUCCGAGUGCGAAUUUACGUUUUUUGACUUUUCUCGCAUUAAAAUUUUGAUUUAGGGCCUCAGAGAACGUUAAAUGGAAGUCAAGAAACGUUGUUGGGUUCGUUUCUUUGACUGGAUGAUGAGCAGUAACAAUUAAGGAAAGCUUGCCCUUUGGAAUUUCUCUCCCGCUUCCUGCCAUCAUAGAGAUCCCGCUUCCCGCCCUUUCUUCUCCUGUCUCCCGUACUCCUCCCGCCCCCUGUUCUCGCGGGCUCCUCCCCCCCUGUCCCCCACCACAUUUGUGGGUUGGUACUCAGCAAGUGCAUACUUAGGGACCUAAAGGUUAAAAUGACUCUUGUUUAGAGCUUCAGUGGUAUCUGUUAGGGGCCUGAAAGGUUGGAUGGGAAUUAUUUUGUUUCUCAAGUAAUUUUUGGUACCUCUUAGGCAUUAAAAUUUAUUUCAAACACGCCCACAAAGCUAGAUUAUCUUACUUUGUAGGGGUACUUUUGGAUUUUAUUUUUUUACAAAACCCCUGUUUUUUUUGGUUUGUUUGUUUGUUUGUUUUUGUUGUUGUUGUUUUUUAAAGCACCCCGUUUAUUUCUAUAGAGGGGUGUCUCCUCCUUUUGGUAUCUCCCAGGGGUUAAAGUGAAUUUCUGCCAUGCCCACAAAGUAAGAUUCUGCUACCCUCUAGAGAUGCUUUAUAUUUUAUAUUUUUAAUAUUAUUAUUAUUUUUUUGACAAGCACCCCUGUUAUCUUUAAUUUUUUUUUGUAAAGCAGUUUUGCUAUUUUUAAAGGGGAGUAUCCCUUCCUCCUUUUAGUACCUUUUAUAGAGCUUCAAAUGAAUUUCUUCCAUGCUGACAAAGCAAAAUCCUUGUACCUUCUAGGGAUACUUUUGAAUUUUUUAUUCGACUAGCACCACAGUUGUUUAAUAGGGUAGUAUCUCCUUCUCCCCCCCCCCCCCCCCACCCCCCACACCCUGAGAACAAUAGUAACAAACUUUACAGGGCUGUCAUGAAGGGCCAGGAGGCGUGGAUUAUGAGCAUGACUUCUGGUUACUUUCAUAGGAAAUAAAAGAAAAAUAGGACCGAAAGAAUUUCCAGGAUGUUCUAUUCCAUGCUCGGCAACUUGAAACCAUAGUGACAGCCUUGAACCCUAACCAGUAAGCUCUCUGCACUGCAGGCUUUAUUUUCUGGUUUUUGAACAUUCUAGAACUCUACCCUCUGAUUGGUUGAUAGCUAUGGUUUUGAAAGGCCCGGGAAAUAUUUUAAGGGUUUAUUUCCUGUUUUGAAAAUGUUUUUGAACUGCAACUGCUUACCAGAUGCCUUUCAGAGUCAACUUAAUGUGCAGCAGAAAUCCUGCAUAACCAAGUUCAAAAGAUAAAUUUAUUGUCUGAAACUGUGCACACUGCAACCAGAGAUACCGUAAUUUAAUGAACUAAAUGUCGCUAUCACCCACAAUUAAGUAAAAGCUAAGUGGAUGUCAGCUUCUAGUCCCAAGACAAGCUGCUCAGUGCUUUUUGUUAUUGAAACUUUAUUAUUGAGACCCAGAAAGUAAAAUGUGAGUAGUAAAAAAAACUGACAGAUUCAUGAACAUUUUUCCCAAAUACUUUUGAAUAACUGUUGUUUUGAAUGUCUCACUUCAAUUCUCAUUCUAUUUCCUUUUGCUUACAGACCCGUCAGCAGGGAAACAGCCCUUUAGCUCUGCGGCCAGUAAGGAGGAGUUACCAGGUACUAUCAUGUCCAAUGAAGUAAAAAUGGUACCAGACAUACAUGAGAUUUAUAAUUUUGAACAACUGUUGUUUAAAAUGUCUCACUUCAAUUCUCAUUCUAUUUCCUUUUGCUUACAGACCCGUCAGCAGGGAAACAGUUCUUUAGCUCUGCGGCCAAUAACGAGGAGUUACCAGGUACUAUUAUAUCCAAUACAGCAGAAAUGGUACCAGACAUACAGUAGAUUUAUAAUUUUGAAUAACUGCUGUUUAAAAUGUCUCACUUCAAUUUUUAUUCUAUUUUGUUUAACUCACAGACCUGUCAGCAAAGAAACAGCCCUCUAGCUCUACGGCCACUAAGGAGGAGUUACCAGGUACUACUAUGUCCAAUAAAGCAGAAAUGGUACCAGACACACAGUAGAUUUAAUAUGAAUGACUGUUAUCGUUUGUUAUAUUACAAUACAAAAUCAUCUUUAUUGUAGCAGUUGUUUAUUUCUAUUUUAAAACUUAGCAGCAAAAAAGAAGUAUGAUGAGAUACUUCAAGAGUCAAAUCCUUUCUCUCAUUCAAUCUUUCUGUUAGAAUUAUGCUAAGGUAUUUUUAACCUGCAUUAAUCCUCGAGGUUAGUUAUACAAAAUAAGAAUUAUUUUUGCACCCAACCACAAACGUCACUAACAGCUUUGGAGAGGUACCCCUCUAUGGGCGUGUCCUCCCUAAACCUCUCUUUGUGGGGCAACACCCCUUCACACUUGGUUUACUGAUGCAGUAUUCAAAGAUAUUUACAUCUACAUGUUACUCGACCAAGGCUGCCCAUCCCGCCAUAUUCAUAAUUUGUUAUUGUAAUAAUUAAUAAUUCUUUAUUUAGCUCAUGGUGAAAUUACAUUUUUAACUUUUUUAUGACUCAAAUUUGUGCUAGGUUAUAACUUUAUAAUGUAAGAGAAAUAAUAAGUGCGAGCUGGGAAGCUAAAUAAACUGUUAGAUUUUCUAGUUAGCUCCCCAUCCAAUUAAAGUCAGUGUGUAAGCAGGUGAAAAAGAAGAAAAUAGAAUAGAUAAAUGAAUUAAUAAAUUAAAUUAAUAAAGAGCAUUCCUUCAACGUUUGAUCAUAGUAUUUGUAUUCCUACACUAUAUUCUGGUGUUUUAGAGCCCUGUUAUCUACAUGCACUGUUACUUACAUUUCUGUUGGUGCAUCAUGAGUUGAGGAUAAUUUGUGGUUAAAUAUGGAAAUUUUAUUUAUAUUCGGUGAUCUGAUCACUUAAUAUAAAUGAGGGCCUAUAUUUUGUGCGUCAACAACCUCCUUUUAACUUUCCUCGCCUAUUAAGAUAUCAAGUUAUUAACAAACAAUUCCUUAAAAAAAGGAACGUAAAAUUUUCUUUAACAGAUUCUCUCUCCCUCGAGGAGUGCCAGAAACAGCUGCGAUCAAUUUAUGAAACCAACAGCAAAGUCAAAAUCGUUCCGUGGGACCAAAGCUCUGCCGUUCAUAUCGAUGAAAUUUACACCCAGUUGUCUUGGCUUAUGGAUGAGAAGAAGCCCAGCGGAGUAACACAGAAGGAACUUAAACACUACACCAACAUUUUUGACGGCGGAAGACUUGAUCAUUUGUCUAAGCGUAUUUUGGUUCACGGACGACCAGGUAUCGGCAAGACCGUUUUUACGCAGAAAGCUACAUUCGACUGGUCCCAGCACAGAUUUGAAGGAAAGUUAGGAAGAUUUGAUCUCGUACUUUUGGUCAAAUUACGCGAUGUUUGUAACCUCAACGAUGUCCCAGCCAUUCUGAGCGCUGCUGAUCUUCUUGCGAGUGAUGGCCCAAUUUCCACUGACAACCUGUACGAUUACGUUCGUCACCACCAAGAAAAAGUGUUGCUUAUUUUGGACGGCUACGAUGAAUACGUACACAGCGCAGCAAGCCAAUCACCUGUUCUUCAAAUCUGGGAGAAAAAGCAGUUGAGGUAUUGUUGCGUUAUUAUAACAUCUAGAGACAUGAAAGUAGAGGGAUUAAAAAGUUCCAGCGAUGCUCAGUUUGAGAUCGAUGGUUUUGACCGUAAGCGACAAGAAGAGUUCGCCCGUAGAUUCUUGAAAGAUGAUCAAGAUGUUAAAGAGUUUUUUAAAUACUUGAAGCAACAAGACCUGGAAGAUGUAGCAAAAAUACCUCUUUUGCUUGUUAUGUUGUUGUUGGUUUGGAAAGAAAAAGACUGUGGAGGACUACCUUCAUCACGGCCGGCGAUAUAUUUUCAGUUCAUUGAGACUUUGUUCGAUCAUAUGUCUGAAAAACAAAAAAAGCCGGCGGAAAAAGUUGACGACCACAAAGAAGAACUCUGUAAAGUAGGAGAACUAGCAUUUGACGCACUUCUACAAGAUUUACUUUACUUUCCUCUCAGUAAACUGCCGGAUCACGUUUUGACUGAGAAACUGAUCGAGGCCGGGUUGUUUCAGCUGCUAAAAAUGUCCGCUCUUAACCCGUGCAAAGACGUUCAUUUCAUUCACAAAUCUAUGCAGGAGUUUUUGGCUUCUUUAUUUCUAAAAGGAGAACUGUUUUCUCAAAACAAUUCCCUUUUCAAAGUCGACUCAAUUGAAAAGAUCUUCAGGUUGACUAAAGUUUUUAAAUUUGCUGCUGAAAUGUCAGAAGAAGCCGCGCGCGAGAUCUUGAUUUAUCUGUUGGAAAUGGCGGCGAAGGAAGACGGAGAGUACAGCUUCGACAACCAAGCACCGUCAAUCGAAGAUUUGUCUGAUGAGCAAAAAAAUCUUCUAAUUCUAUGUACACAGUUAUUCUUCUACUGCUCAGCAGACACGAGAACAGAACUUUUCCCCACUUUUCUUUCUAAUCUAGGAGGUGUUUUUUUAAUAAAUCCUGACCAGCUGAAUAUUGCAGCAAAGGAAAAUUUUGUUAAAAUUACCGCUUCACUUAUGUACAUAUUUUUCUCUGCGAGCGACCAGUAUACAGAGCAAAGUUAUAAUAAUUUAAUAACUUUAGCACAGCAAUUAAACGCUGUUAUAGUUAGUAGAACAGGAGAACAGAAAGCAUCAGAAUUUUUGAAUGUAUUUCCAUGGCGUAGAGUCAACGAGUUUUUUUUAAUGAAAGAUGAAAACAACACUCACCUUUAUUUUACUCAAAUUGUAAGAAGAUAUCCGUUCAUUCCUUUUCCGUUUAAAAUGGUAAUGCCGUUAGUUAGUUUAGAAGAGACAACAAAGAAGACAAACAUGAAUGGUGAUGAGUCAAGUGAAGAGAGCAGCAGCAGCUGUUGUUCAAAGCGUCAUGGUCUCUCCAGGGUUCGGAGGAUAAAAGGUUGGUUUGUGAACAGGUCAGAAGUGGAACUGAUGAUUGAGAUAAUGCCGUUGAUCAUCGCUCCACACUGGAUAGAUGUUUGGGGUGAAGACAGUGAAGUGUUUGAUGCUGAGGUAACAGAGUCUCUACUGAGGAGCAUCCCAACAACACACAAACUGGAGAGAUUAGCACUCUGUGAUAUCAAUGUAACAUCAUCACCUGCUGUGGAGUUCAUCAACAGAGUAUUUGAACAAGAUCUUCCAAACUUGAAGGUGCUCAACAUGUCAUUCAAUCCUCUUCUGGGUGCAGGAGUCGACAGCUUAAUUAAACAUCUCAGCUGCGCUCCUCACCUGGAGGAACUGUACCUUGAAGGAGUGAAGAUGACUCCACAGCAGGUGAUGAAUCUCACAUCAGCUGUACAGCAGCACGGAAACAUCACUGAUCUGCGGUCAUCCUACCACGUAAGUUUUCCAAUUUUAUCGCAAUUUGUUUCUUUAUUCUUUGUUUACAGUUUAUUUCUACUCAGCUCUUGUCUUUCGCCAUUUUUCUUUCUUUGUCAUUUUUAUACUCGACAAAACACGAGAUUUACUUUUGAAAACAAAUCACAGACUUUAGCAGAUUCAAAGUAUCAUUUCAAAUUCAUUUCUUUCAACUGAUUAAACUAACUUCAUAAAAUGUUUUAUCUGAGAUCGUUAAGAACAAGUAACUUUAGCUGAUUUUAAAAAAGGAAUUGAAGACAAAUAGAGAAAUUUCGUACGUUCAAGCAGCCAUAAGAUGAUAUUAUUGGAUGAAAACAAGAACUUCCAGCAAAACAAAAGCACAUAAUUUCCACAGUAUUAAUUUCUGAAUCAAUUUUAAUUCAUACCUUUUCAUAAAGUAACAAACCACAAUCAUAAAAGCAAAUGAAAGAUGUUCAGUUCAUGUUCAAUUAAAACAAAUGAGUUAAGUUUGCUAUUAAAAAAAAUGAAGAGUAAACACAUUGAACUCACAUUUUCACAUUUAUCGUUUAAGGCUCCUAUAAAAAGAGUUUAAGUCAAGUGAAGUUCUUUUGAAAGUCCAGAAAACAAACAAGUCUUUUUUAUAGCUGUUCUUUUGUUCUUGAGCGUUUCUUUGGUAAAUACUGGUCCUUGCAGUUCGGUGAAGCCAUGGUUGGUUUUUGAAAUAACAACGCGCACAAAAAAAUUGUAUAUCCGAGACGACGGUUGAAAGCAACACCAAAAAAAUUUUCCUUACAGGUAAACACUUCGCUGUUCUCCACUGUAUAGAAUAAGUGUCCAUUGCAUGAUUUUCAUCGCGUAAAUAGCAUAAGUUUGUUUUCAACUUUCCAAGAACACUCGCCAUACAAAUCAAAUCCUGCGGAGCUUUGGGCUUUCCUUAAAUAUCGUAAUAAAUGAUCUUUCCUUGAGCUUCAAACAACUCCUUAGCAUAUUCCUGAGUAAAAAGAGAUAAAUCCCUGUCUUUUGCCGGUAUCAUUUCCUUGAUGUUUUCUUAUUAAAUUUUGAGUUCAUCCUGAACAGUUUGCCGUUGAAGAGCGAACUGAACAAACUACAAAAACAACAAACGAUGUCAUUCAAAGCCUAGUGACGUGGCGGUAGCUGAUUGGUUGAAUACACCUCGGAUGAUUUUUCACGUGGUGACAUUUUCCCGCCUUUGUUUUAUUACGUAACAAAUUCCCGCUCGCAAAAAAAUACACUGUGAUCUGCGAAUUUUGUAAGGCUGAAUAUAUUUUGAAAAGAAAAGAAAAGGAUUUGCUAAUUUUGAUUUUGAUUCUACCAUUUUGAAUGCGAAUUUCUUGUACGUGUGCCUUGAUAAAAAUAAUGUUUCUCUUUCCAAUCCCGCCGAGAGGGGAGAGGUGCAGGGGGGUAAAUCUCCCUCCUCCCUAAACUUGGUUUAAAUAAUGGCGACGGGUAACACUCGUUUCUUGAACUUAGUCGUAAAGGAAGUUUUUGACCUUCAGCGCUUCGCCUCUACACCAACAUACCAGACAAAGAACGCGUAACCACAGUGUGUCUAGGGCAGUUUUAGCCCCCCCCCCCCCUCCCCUCUCUCUUGUUCACUCUCUCUCUAUGUCACGCAACGCCGGAGAGAGAGGGUCGUCCCUCACAUCCCUUAUCAUCACGGAAGAGAAGUCAGAAUCUUCGCUAGGGAAAAUUUCUCUCAGCAAAUAACUGUAAAGACGCUUAAAAAUAGUUUGUUGUUAACACAUUAACCUUGUGCUCGUAUAAUUUUUGACAAGGUGCCGGGUUCGAAUCCUGCUCAGUAGCCUUUCUUUUUUCCUUCUGUCUUUCUCUUUUUUGUUUUGUUUUCGUUUUUGUUUGGUUUGGUUAUUUGUUUUGUUGCUGUUGUUUGUUAAAUAUAUAUACCUUCUAGAGCAAAGAUAGUAUAUUUAUGGAUAAACAAUCUGAAUUGCUAUCCGGUUUCCUACAAUUUUCAUUCCUUUUUUAUUGCAAUAUAUUCUACAAAACUAAAAGAGUAGCCACAUGCAGUUACAAACUGCCUUUUAUUACAUAGGCCAAGUUUUCACUGUUGAUCUUUGCUUUCGGCACGCGAGGCUUGUUUUGAACUUAGUACAUCUUGUCAAAGUGGCUUUCAUGUUAACAAUUGUCUUUCGUUGGUCAGUGUAAUCGCAUGGGACUUAAAAUGAAGGUUUGAAAUGUGUGCGCGUCCACACUUUAUUAAAGGGAGAUGGGUGGUUUUAAGUAUUGUUUUGUGUGCACGUCCACCCUUUACUAAGAGUUUUAGUAUUGUUUGGUAUUUUAUGGCAGGUUUUUAAGACACUUAACCCUAAACCUGAACAUGAAUGGCCAUCAGAGAACUACUGGAAAAGGAAGUACUCUCACCUCUUUCCUAAUUUAUCACCUGAAUCAGCGCAUGAACAGGAGGAGGUUAGUCAUCACUGAACUAUUUUUGUGAAAGUUUAUUUAUUAAACAUUUAGUAAGACUUUCAGUAUUUGUGUGAACAGUUCAAUUUAGGGGUUUCCUGUCCGUCAGAGAUAAUCAGAUACGCUCAGGAUCCUUCGUUUAUAAGUCUCCAUUACCGAGGAUUUCCAUGUUGGUGAUACUGAGUUAGUUUUUAAUACAGUAAAAACCCGCGUGUAAGAACCUAGUGGCUUAAAAACCUGCUGGCAGAAAUUUGCUUCUUUAAUACUUAACAAUAAAAGAACCAGGUUGGUCAAACGAGAUCAAGCAGGUUCUUAUCCGUGGGUUACAGUUAAAUUAAUAAGCUUAUUCAUCAUCUAAAAAAGAGAUUGAACAGGAACAGGUUAGUCACCAGCUUCGUUUGUUUACGUUUAUGCAUCAGUCAUUUGAAACUCCGGUCCCUGACCCCCCAUGACUUAGAGGGGAAUUUUACAUUGGUUUGGUGUUAAAACACAGCUAAUUUUCCCGCUCCCCGGGCCAAGUAGUUUGUUAAAAGCCCCGUAUAGCAGGGAAUUAGUAAAGUGUGGUUCUAGGCUCGAUUUCAACCGCUCUGUCCGAUCUGGUAUUCUGUAUUUCUUAAAAUUCAAACCAUCGGACCUGUUAAUAGAAACUUUCGAUUGCGUUCCUUCAAAUUCAUAAAAAAUGUUACCCUGGGUGCCAGAGGAUUUUUUUCUUACCUAAUUCCUGAUAACAGACCUCUGGAGCCAGUGUAGAAAAAUGUGGUUAGAUCGCUUACAAAAAAGUAACUGUCUGUAUGGUAUACUUGUAAGGACAAGGGAUCUUAAGCGAAACCCAGGGGGGAGGGGUACUUUCUUAUAUAAGCCAUAUAGAUAUAGUCAACUCUGGCCUUGCGAACACCCCGAUAAUACGGACAGCAGCUAAAUUCCCCGGCAAAAACAAAUUACAGACGUUUGACUUAAAUAACUCGCGCUAUUACGGACUGUUGCUAAUGAGGACACUAAUUUGAGGUCCCUACAGUGUCCGCCAUAAAGGGCCGGUUGACUGUAAUUCUGACAUAAUUUCUGCCUAAAUUUCAGGUCUGAAAACGGGUGUGGAUUUUAGAGGUCAGGUCUGCAAAAGGGUGUGGAAAAUGACACUUUAUGGUCUGAAAUAGGGUCAGGAUUUGGAGAACUAGGCUGCACAUCCCCACCGACAAUUACCCGGAGUACCCCCUGGGAAGCGAAACAGCGCUGUCUUUCUCCAAUUUUCUAAUCCUGAAAGUAAUGGGAGAGGAAUCGGGAAACUUAGAAAGCGCUUUUGGGAUUAAUUUAUCGUAGUUUACGUUCGAGGUGAACAAAUGAGACUCAAAUGAGAUUUGUGAAGUCCUUGGAAGGCAACGCUCGACCAAUGUGUAGGACGUUCUUUACACUCUCUUUCUGUGUCUGAGACUAGGACAACCUGUUUUGUGCCUUCCUGCCCUGUUUCUCCUAAGUUUUAAUAUUAUCAUUCUCUGCGGCCUCACCUCUCUUCUGCCGCCAUACAAAACUUUGGGAAACGAGGCUUUUCCUUUAGUCACUCAUGUUAAAUCCCCGCUUCCGAAAAUUCGUAUAUAUUGUUUAAUCCCCGCUCAUGACAUGAGUAAAACAGGUAUUUUGUUAAUUCCCCCGGCACCGGGGCGAACAUGUUAGAUGUGCGUUAAAUCCCGACAUUGGCCGUGUUAAAUUCUCGCUAUCUCCCACUAUGCCGCUGGGGCCGGGGUUUCGCGGGGCGGGGUUCCAGUUGACUAAUGCAUUAUUUACUUUAUUUAGUUUUAUUUUUCUGUCCGUCAGAGAUAAUCAAACACGCUUUGGAGCCUUCGUUAAUUUGCGUCUUUCACUGAAGAUUUCCGAGUUGGUGGUAGUUAAUCUUGGCAGUUACGUUAAAAGGUUUUAAAUUGAGAACCCGUGCAUUAAGAAUAGUUUUAUUUUAUUGUUGCAGGCUAUUCUAAGGAACCUCUUGCUUUUACCUGAAUCGCAUGAUCUCAUUUCUGAUUCAUCAUCUGAAUCAGAGAUGGAACUGGAACAAAAUUCUCUACUAUUCUCUCGCAGGUCGCGCUCAGUUGUCUUUAGGCCAAAAGUAGCCUGUUUCCCCAGUAUCUGAAUGCUUGGAACAGGCUAGCCAAAAGUGACUUUUGCCUUGAAAAAAAAAUAGAUUCCCUUUUUUUAAAAGCUGCUUAGGGAAGAUAUCAUUGACAUUUUGUGCCAAGUAGACCUAAUGACUUUUGAAAAAGAGUUUUCUUUAUCAAUUGGUAGAUCAACAAAGAAAAUAGAAACAGACACCUUACCUAUGAUUUAAAAAAGGAGUUCGUUUUGUUCUCGUAACUCCGAUGAAGUGAUGGAUAACUCUCCAUCUGGUUCGGAUGGUUGCAGUGUUUUGCAGGAAGUCCAGUCACUAAUAUAAGGGUUCGCACCUUGUAAUUAGCUCACCCCUUUUGUUUAUAUUAAAUAAGGCAUUCACAUCACAAUCAUACAAGAUCUGUGGCAGAUGCCGUCUCUAAAAUGUCUUACCACGGCAGGCGGAAAUCACGAAACAUAAAAAAUGAUUGUUCAUGUGUUCAAUCACGUGACGGCAUACAGGAGUUAAACUUGAAAAAGAUGGCCCAAUUUUUUCAAGUUGCAAUCCCUUUUUAUCCUGGCCAUCAACAGCCAAAGUCUUACACUUGUAGUCGAGGUAUAGUAGUACGUAAAGUCAUUUGAAAUAGAACUGAACCAUUAUUUCAGGGUUUUCUUUCAUUCCAAUGUCUGUUCGUUUUAAAACAAGUACGCUAGUGGGCUUACAGUUACAUGUAGAAGAUGGAUGGUUGUUAAGUAUAAAUGUAUGAUUUUGCCAGAACGAGGGAGAAGUCAUUGAAUCUGAAGAUGGAAAGGCAUCAUAUGAAUCAGAGGAGAAUCAAGAACAGGUGAGUUGCUGA